AUGGGAAAUGGAAGAUCAAUUCACAUCUUAAGAGAUGCUUGGAUUCCUGGGAUUCGAAAUUUGAGAUAUGAACUGUGUGCUGGAAGUUGUAACCAGAGGGAUGAGCAAGUCUGCCAAUUGGAGGAUCAGGUGUCUUCUUUAAUUGAUCCUAGUAUUAACUGGUGGAAUCUAUCAAAAGUAAGAGCUCUAUUCAAUCAAAAAAUUGCAGAUGCUGUUCUAAGACUACAUCCUAGUGCCUCAGGUGACAUGGAUAAGUGGCUGUGGGGGCAUGAAAAGUCAGGUAUUUUCUUUGUUAAAAGUGCCUACAGAUUCUUUAAGACUUGCUUGGUAUCUGAUUGUGGUGAGCCUUCAAAUGGUGCUAUGAUGAAAAAAAUUUGGAAUCCUCUUUGGGGAUUAAAACUUUCUCACGAGGUCAAAGUUUUCGCUUGGAGAGCAUGCAAGAAAAGUUUACCCACUAAGGCCAAUCUUAUCAACAGAAAGCUGGAUAUUAGUGGGCAAUGCUGUUGCUUUUGUCAACACCAGGUGGAGGAUUUAACCCAUGCUUUGUUGUUAUGUCCCCCUGUUUAUGAGAUCUGGGUUAGAAAAUUUACUGGCUUGCAACACGAUUUCCAUAUCAGUUCCUUCAUAUCAACUGCAAUGGAAAUCUUUUUUAAGGGUUCAACUAAUGAGUUGACCGAUUUCUUCUUAAUGGCUUGGGGCUUUUGA